ACAUGUAGCGCUUCGCAACAACAAACGUUUUGUAACUCUACCUCGGAAGCUUUCGUAGUAACAAGAUGGCGACCUCCAUGAGAUAUGGACAUAAAAAAGCAUGAAGUUUGUUUAAAGGAAUAAAUUGUGAUGAAGAUAAUUCUAAACAUUCGAAAAAUAAGUGGACAGUUUUGUUAAAUUACAAUUUCGAAUGACAACGGAUUAAUUUAUUUUAAGUGGUGUAUUUACACAUUUUUUAGUUGUUAGUUUUUAAAAAGGAAAACAUGAAAGAAAAUAUUUGUUUUAAAAGUAUAUGGAUUUUACCAUUAUUAUUCUCUAUAACGAUAGCACAAGACCUUAAUCUAGUUUGUCCAUCAGGUUGGACUAAAAGUUAUGAAAAAUGUUAUAUUAUUGUGCCAACCUUAAGGUCAUGGUUAGAAGCUGACCUAUACUGCCAAAAAUAUGGAGCACGAUUAGCAAAGCCAUCAGGAUAUGUUAUAAACGACAUCGUUUCAAAUCUGUUUACCACUGCCAGUAAUCCCAGCACAGACUACUGGAUAGGAUAUAAUGUCCGAGGUUUAAUAAAUACAGAACGACAUGUUGGAUCUUGGAGUGAUGGUACGCCUACAACAGCUGAGGUCGGUGUAUGGGGGGAUUUCGAACCUGACACACCCAUGGGAUCAUGUGCUCGUGUUGACAGAUCACAUGAUAAUAAAUGGUACAUGGAAUCAUGUGAUAGGUUGCUACAGUCAGUUUGUGAAUUAACACCAUGUCCUGACAACACCUUUAGAUGUACAACAACAGGAAGAUGUGUUGGUACUUCUAACAUUUGUAAUGGUCAAGACGACUGCGGAGAUGGGUCAGAUGAGAGAGCCUGUUUACAGCUACCUUGGACGGAAUAUUUUAAUGCAACUGAUUGUAAGUAUUACAUGUCUGGGAAUGGUGGACAGGUUACCAUGCCAACCACAGGUUCAACAUACCCAGCAAGUUCUACAUGUAUUUGGACAAUAGAGGCUCCAGUUGGGGACAGAAUACAAGUGCAGCUUUCUGAUCCUUCUACACCACAGUUCACUCAGUUUAAUACAGAGGAAGAUAUUGAUGUAGUAGAGUUCUGGGAAGGAAGUCCUUCUCUGUCAGACAGUCGAUGUUUGGCUCGUCUCUCUGGCACAUUACCAGCAAGUUAUCAAGUUUUUAUCAGUUCUAAUAACUUUCUGACAGUGAGAUUUGUAUCUGAUGCUUCCAGACAAAGAAGUGGCUUUACUUUUACUUGGAGAACAGAUUUCCAGUGUCAGAUUGCAAAAUUAUCGAACAAAAGAUACACGACAGGUCAGUUAGGUGAUGUCCUGACCUUGACCAAUAACCAGGACCACACAACAUGUGCAACUCAGUGUGCUUCAGCAAUAACUUGUACUGGCUUCUCCUACAACAAAAAUGACAACACAUGUUUCUUACUGAAACAAGUAGCACUGCCUAUUGAUGACAACUGCUGUGAUUUGUAUGUGAAAACUUGUCCUCAGACUACAAAUUACCCAGUUAGAGAUAACAUUCCUUCACUCGGAGGAUCAGUAACAGGGACAUCUUAUGACCAAUUUAUCUACAGUCCUCUCUACCCCCUACAGUAUCCUGGGAACCUAGAAACUGUGUGGAUUAUUCAAAGUACUGGUAGUAAUGUUGUUAGUGUUGAGGUAAAAGACAUACAACUCUGUGGAUCUGAUACAGUUGUUCUAAAGGAUGGCAAUAACCCAGUCACACCUACUCUUAAGACCUUGACCUCUAGUAGUAAAUCAGGGGAGGUAAUCUUAUCAACAGGAAAUAGAAUGUAUAUCUACAUGAAGUUAAAGGAACACUUGAAGUGUAGAGGUGUUUUACUGGCAUAUCGGGAAGGGUGCAAUUUUGAGAUAAAGAGUAACGCAGGUACAAUUUUUACUCCUGGAUUUGGUGUGGUUAAUUAUCCUGGAGUCCUGCAAUGUUUCUGGUCUAUAACAUCAGUCAACAAAAGACAGCUGAGACUGCAGUUUAAUGAGUACGAUGUAGAAAAUGGAAUGGAUUAUCUACAGGCAUGGUUAGGAGAUGAUGAUCAGGGUUCACCAAUACACUCAGGUAAUGGUUAUUCUGGAAGCAAACCUCCUCCAAUGGUGUCCACAACAGGACAGCUAGCUUUGAAGUUUACCACCAGUGCUGUCGGGAAUCGUGCUGGAUUUAGAGCCACAUAUACAACAGGUUGUAGUUUAUUGUCAGACCAAUCGUACACUGUUACUCCAUCAAGGACUUCGAUCAUUGAUGGUGAUAUCAUGAUAGUAAACUGUAACACAGGAUACACGUUCCAGGCUCCUUAUGCAGGGGAAGCACAUGUUGCACUGACUUGUCAGCCUGAUGGGGAGUAUGAUAAAACUGUCCCAGUUUGUUCACAGGCAUUUUGUGGUAAGGUACCAACAAUAGAAAAUGGUUAUGUACUAUCAUCUACUGGAUUGUUUGGAGGGAACCAGGUGAUGUAUGCAUGUAACCCAGGGUUCACUCCUCCAACAGGAACCAUCAGCUGCCAGAGUAACAGUUUAUGGGAGGCAUCUCCUACUUGCACAGCCAAUUCCUGCAGUGCCCAAUCUUUAUCCGUUACAUCUGGUCGUAGGGAUAUUAUUAAAGGAGAUGGAACAUCACAUGGCAGUAUAUUAUCAUACUCAUGUGACCAAAACUAUGAGCUGAUUGGUCCAUCUAGGAUUGAAUGUAAAAAUGGAGCAUGGUCAGGCACUACACCAAGAUGUCAGAAUAUUCGAUGUCCACCUCAGUUUAUCACCAAUGGUACAGUUGUCUUUAGUGGUGUUUUAAAUCAGGGAGAUGAUGUAACGGUCAACUGUAACACAGGAUUUCAAGUGUCUGGGACCAAUCCCUACAAAUGUGGUCAGACUCCUCCAACCUGUCAGAAUGUUGAUGAAUGUACAGCAGGGACUGCCACAUGUAAUCAGAACUGUGUAGACUAUUCUGGUGGAUACUAUUGUACAUGUAACAGUGGAUACAAACUGUCUUCUACCAAUCCUACUAUCUGUGAAGAUAUUGAUGAAUGUGCCUAUAACAAUGGAUAUUGUGACCACAGCUGUGUUGAUGUUGAAGGAUCCUACAACUGCACCUGUAACUAUGGAUAUGACCUUUAUACAUACAAUGGAUUCCAAGGAUUAAACCUACAAGCAGGAGAAGAUGGGAGGUCACCAUGGCACUCUUAUCACAUUGGUCAUUCUUGUGUGUUAAAACAAUGUCCAAUGCCUAGCCAGACAAUAGGUCAUGGAAGAUCACUGACAUUACAAUUGACCUUUACCCAGGGUGACUCGGUGCAGUAUUUAUGUGAUGUUGGGUAUGUUGUUUCUGGAUCUAAUUCUGCCACAACAACUGUAUCUUGUCAGGGAGAUGGCACAUGGAAUCCAGCUAUACCUACAUGUACAUCGGCCUCAUGUUUUCUGGAUGUAGUUGCCGAUAGUAACACCACACCUACUGGCAGUAUUAACUACAAUAGUGCUUAUACUCUCCAGUGCGAUCCUACUAACAGCACUGGUGUGACACUGAGGAGAUAUUGUUCUUAUAAACCAGAUACCAAACGUUACGGUACAGUCGGAGAUAAUAUGCAUUGUCCAGCUGUUGAUUGUGGUACUACUACAUCUAUAUCUGGAAGUAACCCUUUUUCCAAUACCUGUACAGUGUAUGGCUGUAGUUUUAUAUUCAGCUGUUCAGGGAGCUACCAACUAGCAGGAACCAGUUCUAGUGGGGACACAGUUAUCAGAUGUGGUGUAGAUGGACGAUGGGACUAUGGUGAUUUACGGUGUAUCAGUCCCCUAUGUAAGGAUCCAGGCACCCCACCAGAUGCUACACAGGUAGCCACCUCCUAUGAAAUUGGUACAGAAGUAACUUAUCAGUGUACAAGAACUGGUUAUGCCCCCUCGUUCUCUACUCCACUCAGAUGUCAGGCAGUAGGAAAUACUGUGCAGUGGAUUCCCUCAACUCCACCUUCAUGUGUUGAUAUUACAAAACCCACUUUUCUGAAUUGUAUUACAUCUGACCUCUCAGUAGAAUUGUACAAAGCACCAAAUCAUGCUGUUCCUACUGCUACUGACCAGUCUGGGUUUGUCCAAUCGGUGACCACUGUCCCUGCUAACUACAGGCCAACACAUGUGGUACCUAACUCCAUAGUAGUGACCUAUACAGCUACAGACGGCAAUAAUAAUGAAGGAACUUGUAGUUUUAAUAUACAAAUAAAAGACCAAAUUCCACCUACAAUAACUUGUUCCACACCUUCAGCUUAUGUCAUUACAUCACAGUCCAGUACCAUCCGAAUAGAUCCCAAGGAUUUGGUCACGAACGUAGAGAGUGGGGCACAAGUAACUGCUAAUUCUGGAAUAUUUACUCUCACUUAUAAUGAUGUUGGUAGAGUCAGAAUGAUCACACUUACAGCAAUAGAUGCUGCAUUAAAUACACAGUCAUGUACUGUUCAGGUUUAUACUACAGUACAAAACAAAUGUCAGACAUGGUUGAUCAAUGCAGAAAAUGCACAGAAGAUAUGUACAGCUAAGGCAGGGAACACUGGAUACGACUGUACAUUUACAUGUAACUCAGGGUAUUACUUCUCUGACAGUAUCAACACAAACAGUAUAUCUUCCAGCUGCUUUACAAAUAAUGACUGGAGCACAUAUCCUUCAGCUUGUAUAGCAAGAAACCCAGCAUACUAUAGACAGUCAUUUGUUUUACGUUACGGAACUGGUAUCCUGACAGAUCCUGGUUGUACAAGUAUCUAUCAAUCACAGCUCCAGAACCAGUGGAACAGUAUGGCCACUAACUUACAGAACAUGUGUCGUAACUCUCAGCCAGCUUAUGCAAUAACAAUAUCAUCUCCUGUUGACACCCUUGUGUCCAGAUUAGGGGUAGAAUAUAGUAAUGGAAUUGUUUAUGCUACUUUCACUUUUGAUAUGACACCUGCUGAUUAUGUGGAUACUGCCUAUACAUCCUGUGCAAACUUAAUCUCUAAUGCUUUUGUCAACAAGCAGUCAGAGUUAGCUCCCAUUUUACAAUUAUCAGCCUCUGGAUCCUGCCCGACUGUGUCCUCUGCUUCUGUGACCUAUGACCGAGUGCUGAAGAAUUAUUUUGUGUGUACAACAAAUGCUGGAGUUCAGUAUGUCUCAGCAGAAUCAAAGUCAGUUUGCUUUGACUGUGCCCUUGGACACUAUUCCAGUGAAAAGCGUCAGUGUUUAGAAUGUACUUUUGGAUUUUAUCUGGCCACAACAAACCGUGAUAGCUGUGAUGCCUGUCCAUCAGGAACCAAUAGUAGAAAGACAGGGUUGACCAGACAGACUGAUUGCUAUCUUACCUGUCCUAAUGGUUUUAUAUCAACCAAUGGACAAGCUCCAUGCUACCAGUGUGCUGCUGAUUCAUAUUCUUCUAACGGCCAAUCUUGUACAUCAUGUCCUAGUGGCAAGAAAACUAUUGGAGUUGGCAAAUCUACAGAAUCAGAUUGUAAAAGUCCAUGUCCAGCUGGUUAUUACUCAUAUAAUGGUUUAGAGACCUGUACAGCUUGUCCAAGGAACUUUUACCAGGCCCAACCUGGCCAGAUGCAGUGUUUGGAGUGUUCAGGUAGUCAGAUCACAUUGGCGGAAGGCAAGAUUUCACCAGUUGAUUGUGUCAGUGGUUUUGCUUCAAUCUGUACAGGUAUUUGUCAGAAUGGAGGAACAUGUCAAGUCCUGAACCAUGAUUACUACUGUACAUGUCCACAAGGUUAUACUGGUCCAACAUGUGAGAAUGAGAUCAACCCCUGUGAUAGUCAGCCAUGUUAUAAUGGAGGACAGUGUACAAAGACCGGCGUACUUACCUUUACAUGUACUUGUACCAGCAAUCGAUUUGGUGGAAACCUGUGUGAGAAUGAUAUAGAUGACUGUGAGUUUACCAGCGGAUUUAAUCCCUGUAACAAUGGUUCCUGUCAUGACCUGGUUGGUGGAUACACCUGUCUGUGUCCAUCUUACUCUGGCUUUACUGGGUCAACUUGUACAACUCCAAAAAACCCUUGUGUUGAUGAGCCAUGUGUUAAUGGACAAUGCACAACUUAUGGGGCCAUCAGAAGGAAAUGUAUCUGUAAUCGAGGAUAUACAGGAGUUGACUGUGAAACUAAUAUAGAUGAGUGUGCACCUAAUCCAUGUGCUAAUGGUGGGACAUGUAUAGACAAUGUCAACAGUUUUACAUGCAUGUGUCCUUCAGGAUACUCUGGAACUUUCUGUCAUGUCAGAGGACAAUCAAAUGUUUGUGCUGGGAGCUGUGGAGGGGGACAGACAUGUGUGGAUUUCUAUCCUGAAUCUAAACCUGUCUGCAUGUGUGCUAAUGGUUACAAUGAUAAUGGUGGAGUUUGUCAGCUGGUAAACUAUUGUGAUGCCAACAGCUGUUUGAAUGGUGGGACAUGUUUCUCCUCCUAUGGUGGCUAUAUCUGUAAAUGUGCCCUUGGCUACUCUGGGCCUAGCUGCCAAUUCAUUGUAGAUAAUUGUGCUGCUCAGCCCUGUGUGAAUAAUGGUGUCUGUACCAAUGGUGUGAACUCCUAUACAUGUACUUGUCCAUUAACUGGAACAGGAGGAUCUCUCUGUUUAGACAACAAAGACAACUGUGCUCCCUACCCUUGUGUAAUAGACAACACCAUACAAUGUUUCGACAGAAUAAAUGAUUAUUACUGUAGAUGUAAGACAGGCUUUAGAGGGACAAAUUGCUCAUUAGGUAACACAGAUUGCAACAGUUUUCCUUGCCUGCAUGGUGGUACUUGUUCUGCCACUUCCACAGGUUACAAAUGUGCAUGUGCCACUGGUUGGUAUGGUAACAACUGUGAAAACAUAAUAGAUAACUGUGCCCCAACAUCACAGUGUGCUAAUGCAGCUACCUGUUAUAACACAGUCAUAGGGUACCAGUGUGUAUGCCCUACUGGUUACCGUGGGGACAAAUGUGAUGUUAAUUACAACUUAUGUACCAUAACAUCUCCUUGUGUUGGUCCAAACAGUACCUGUUCCUUGACCAAUGGACAGCCAACUUGCCAGUGUGCUAGUGGUUAUCAAGGUGAUAGUUGUAAUCAGAAGACAGUUACCUGUAGCUUAACCACCUGUCAGAAUGGAGGUACCUGUCAGGAAUCUGGAGGUAGUGUUACCUGUAUCUGUGUACCUGGCUAUAAUGGACCUACCUGUGCUACAAACAUUAAUGAAUGUGCUGGAAAUCCUUGUCCCACUGCAUCUACAUGUAUAGAUGGUAUUAAUACUUACUCAUGUCAGUGUGAUGAUGGCAAGAUUGGAGCUAAUUGUGAUAAAGAUUUGAGUUAUAAGUUUGACAUCAUAUUAGAGCCAGGUCUGCAGUGUGGAGAUACAGAAGGAAUCAGUAUGAAUAGUGUAUUCAGUCUUGCUACUACUAAACUCUCUGUAUCUGUGUGGGUCAGAUUUACAACAUCAACUCCUAAAGUCAUCCUGUCUCUGUAUGCCUUAGAUUCAAUGACUGCCACACCAGAGAAGAUUCUAGAGAUAGGAAGUAACACAGUAUCUGGUAGUAUAAAUGGUAAUACUUACAGCAUGCCGUACGGAACAGGAAGUAGUGUUGUUAACAUACGUAAUGGUAUCUGGCAUCAUAUCGUAGUCACAUGGAAUGCUCUUAAUGAAGAGAAUCCAAGCAACAAGAUCGGUCGUGUGUUUCUUUAUGCUGACAACACACUAUUAGAGAGACGAGAAAAUAUUGGGACAAGCUAUACACUUCCUACUUAUGGUUACUUAGUAGUGGGAGGUACAUAUGACACUUCAACUAAGACAGUGACAACAGCCAAUGGGAUCUCAGGAAAGGUUUCCCGUCUUAUCCUUGCCAAAGAGGAGUUCCUGUACACCAGUACCGUCAGUUCUCUGUACACUAAUGUUGACUACUUGCCGUCCAGCAACCUGAUUAAUAUGCCAAUCAUGUACAUUAUUGAGAAGGGAGCUUCCUUGAUUGAUUAUCAGAGUGAACUCAGUGCUGGUGUAUGUAGAACUGUCACCACAUGUAACUUGGCUUCAGAUUUUCCCUCUGUUAAUUGUCCUAGUGACCGCUCAGUGGUGUCAGCAGAUAGGGUUAGUUACCCUGUAUGGACAGAGGCAUCCUAUGGCAAUACAGAUUCAGGAAGAAUUUACUAUAACAUCAGGUCUGGAGGUGAGUUGACAUGGAAGACCUAUGCAGUAUCAUCAGUGGGAUAUAUGGCAGACGACAAUGCAGCUGUUUGUGUAUUCAGGUUUUACAAUAAACGAGGAUCAUGUUCCUCAGUAUCCCCAGCUAACCCUGCUGGUGGCGCAGAGUCUUGUAGUCCACUGUCAGAUGGUGAGAGAUGUACAAUUAGUUGUAACCAGAUUGACCACAAACCAUCACAACCAGGGCCAUACUAUUACUCGUGUAGUAAAUAUGGCAUGUAUGAUACAGAGGAAAGAUUGGAACCAUUCUCAUACCCGCCUUGUGCUUCUGCUAUAAGUCGAACAGUUAAUGUCCAGCUGAAGAUGGAUUAUGAUCUGACAACUUCCUGUCAGUCUUAUAUAACAUCGUUACAGUCACAGAUACGUACCUCUUUUAAUAGUGUCAAUGGUCAGUGGCAACAGAAUCUGUGUAAUAGUCCCAACUGUCAAAGUAUACCUGUUGCAGUCACCUGUAAGUCCAGUACUCUGGCUGAAGUAGAGGUCAUCUUUAAUACAGUAAAGGAUCCCAUUAUAAACACACAGUCUGUGAGCAGAAGUCCAGAAGAUGUUGUAGCCAUUGCUGUUGUGGAUGACAAGACAAUCACAUAUUCAGAAGCUACACCCAGACAGUCCACUAUGGAAAUAACAUUGGUACCAUAUUGUGUGGAAGGUCAACAAAUAGUUGGUAAUUUCUGUGUUUCUUGUGCUCCUGGUAGUUUUUAUGACAGUGGAACUGCCAAAUGUAUGCAAUGUCCCAUUGGUCAAUAUCAAAGUUCAUCAGGUCAAACAUCAUGUGUUAGUUGUCCAUCAGGGCAAACAACAUACAACACUGGAACACAGGCUGAUACAUUAUGUUUCGAAUCUUGUACAGUUGGGUGGCAUUUUUCCUUAUCCACUGGUGCAUGUGUUUUCUGUCCAGUGGGAUAUUAUCAACCAUCACCAGGAUCGUUCCAUUGUCUAGGAUGUGAUGUGGGUCUCACCACUGCUGGACUUGGAUCGUCUCAAGCAGGAGACUGCCUUGAUCCAUCCCUUAUUACAACAACUGCAGACCAAAUCCCAGAUAGUGGUCAAUCAACCAAUGACGGAGGUGGAUUAAGUAGUGCUGAAAUUGCUGCCAUAGUUCUAGGAAUAUUUAUUUUUCUCCUACUCCUCCUGUUACUCCUGUUCUGCUGCUGUAGGGAUAGAUUGCCUUGCUUUGGUAAAGGAAUAGUUGAACCUGACGAUAAGACACCAUUCAGAUAUGUCAACAGAUAUGGUGAGACAGAUCUGCAUUUCACUAGUUAUAGGCUGAAUGAUAUCAGAGAAAAACGAGGAAUAAGACCACAUCACCGUGUGCACCGUAAACCUGACAGUAAACCAUACUAUGACACUAAAGCACAUUAUGACUAUUCUGGAGAGGAUACACGUAGUGUUCAUACAGAUAUAUCACUAACUGUGCCUGUGUUCUUAGAGAAACUUGAUGGCAGUGUGAGAGGAGGAAAGCCAUUAUCAAUUGUGUCUAACAGGCAUACCUUUAUUUCUAGAAAUGGUACAGCCAGAUCAGAAUUAAUCUCUGACCAGGAAAUUAUGGAAGUGGAAAGAGUUAGAAAAAUGAAACGAAAAACAAAGAAAAAGAAACGUAGAAGUCAUCGUCCAGUAGAAUAUAAAGAAAAUAUUUUGGAUGAGCAUAUCUAUGACGAAAUUCCUACCAGUACACCCAGGAGUAUGCCUCCUCCAAUAUCACAAAUGCCAAGGUCACUUAAACCCCUACCAAAAAGACUUAAAACCGAAAGUGAGGCUUCAUUUGCUACUUAUUCUGGACGAUCAAGAACUGACCCUUCAUCAUCAGGGGUAUAUAGUAACCAUGAUUAUACAAAGCCUAAGAAGGAGCAUACAAUCAAAAUAGACUCUGAUAAUGACGACCUAAGAUAAUAAGGACCCAUGACUAAUAAAAGACCAAGAUGAGAUCUAGUUUUAAAGAGUCCCGAAACUUGAUGCUUCUGGACAGACAUUUAUAAAUUGUCAAGUCAGAUUGUUAUUUAUAUAAUCAAAAGGUUUUUAAUGCAGGGUUACUCAAACUGUGAUGUUAAAAAUUAAGAUUAUGCAUAUUUAUUUAUUUUUCUAUCAGUACUUAAUUAUUCUUGAUCUGUGAUAGAAACUAAUAACCUUUUCAUCUUUCUAUAUUUGAAAUAUUUAUGCAACUCCUUUUGAACCUUCUCACACAAGAUUAGUUUUUUGUUAUAAAUAGAGAGAUACAAAUUGAUUGCUUGAUUGUUAGUGUUUAACACCACUUUCAGCAUAUUUGUCUAUAUCAUGACAGCCAACAGAGAUACAGGAAUGAUUAUUGUAAUGUAAAGUGUUUUUUAUUGAAUAUACGAGUGAAUUUUAGCUUUGAAUUCUGUACAGAUAUUUAUUGUUAGUAAGAAGUGAUAUGUGAUAUUUUAAACAAAUUUGUUUUAAACUGAAGCCUGUGAUAAUUACAUGUUUUUGUGUAGCUUUAAAAACUUUUUUUAUUUUUUUAUAGUAUGAGUGCUGUAUAUGUGGAUUUCUAUUUUAUGUUGUGAUUUGUCACAUAAUCCAAAUGAGGCUUUUUUUAUAUUGUUCACAUCUUCAAUUGAGUAUAAAAAGUUGUGUAUUAGAUCUGUGCAUUUUUUCCAUAAAUUGGAAGCUUAUUUGGAUCGUUACACAGCUUUUUAUUUUUUUUCAACAUGAAUAAUUUGAUAACAUGUAAAAUAGCUUUGUUCUAUGCCAAACAUUUAAAGUAAACAGAAUAUGACCAUAGCAAUGUUUAACCUGACGUUUGAUUCUCAAUGCAAAGACUCUUGUACAGUAAAGUUGUGGGUAGUUGCACAUAUCCUAUAUAAAUAUAUAGGCUGAUGAUAUGUCCAAUUUUAUAGAUAUUUAUUAUGGUAUGUCUGAUUUUUUUGGUAGUUUUUCAAUUUAAUUUCUAAUUCAAAAUGUUAGGGUUAAUUUUGGAAAACAUCCUAACAUAAACAUAAGGUAAUCAAGAAAUUAAGAUAAUACUUCUCUGACAAAGAUAAAAGUUUGCAAAUGAUCAUAUUUUCUUAGUUGCAUUUGUAAAUUGAUAAAUAAAAGAUAAAUUCAUCAUUUAUGUAUAAAAUUUGUAAAUAAUCAAUGACAAUCAGAGUCUAAUACGCAACGAUUUUUAUGUAGAAUUUGGUGCCUUUAAAUGUGUGAAUCUGGUUUUGCUAAUACAAUGUUAACCUGUUUACUCUGAUUAUAAUGUAGUUGGUGAGGUCUGAAUCUAAUCUUAUUUUUAUGUAGUUUGUCAUUUUCAUACCCACUUCCAACUCAUUUGGUUUAUUUCUAUGUUUGGUCAUAGAAAUUUAACUUUUAGGCUACUUUUUGCAAAAUUCUUUUACCAUGAAUGGAUGCUCCAUCAAUUUUAUAAUAAUGUCGUUCCAGACAGAUAAAUUAAGAAAAAACUGACUGUUUUUUCAGAUUUCUGAUAUUUACAUGAAAUAAGGGUUGAUAAAAAAAUUCUUGGAGGAAAAGGGUAUGUUACAAUUAGUAAGGGGUGUGCAUGGUUGUAUUAAGUGCUUAUGAUGCAGCUGUUUAUUGAGAUGAAAGCUUAAUUUUGUAUAAAAAAUAUAUCUUGAUUUAAUAAAAAUGCAAUGGACCAUUGUUAUCUAGCUUUAAAGUUUAUGUGUCUGAUUCAUCUCUGAAAUUUUAAGAUGAAGAAAAGCAAAAAAAAAGUGCUUUCCUGUUACACUAUGGAUGUUACUUAUUAUUUCAUUAUGCUCUUGGAUUUUCAAUAUCAUAAAAGUUAUCAUCAUUUUAAUUAUAUCAUUUUUUUAAAUUUUUGUACUAGAUAUUUUGGUUGGAGAAUGGUAAAGGAUUAAAUAUUGUUUUCAUUUAUAUUUAUGUGUCACCAUUUUACAACCCUAUUCAUGUGAGAUUAAUAACUAGUAAAUUAUUUUUGUUUGAUAAUUUUUUUAAAUGGAUAUAACUGAGACAGGUAUGUUGUAAUAUUAUCUGUGCUUUGCUCAGACUGUGUGAAAUUAAAACAAUUUGAAUGAUUUGAAAACAAUUUCUUUGCAUUCAAUAAUACUCAGAAUAUAGUAAUUUUUGUUCAUUUUUGCUAUAUUUUAUUAUUUUACAUUAAUAAAAAAAAUCCAUGACAAAGAAAAACAGUAUUUUUGGUAUGUUAAAAACAUGUGAGUCAUGGAAACAAAGUAUGGAUAAUAUUUUAAUGUUUUCAAGCAGCAAUUCUUUUCCGAUUUUAACAAUGCAUAUAUAGGAUAUUGUCAAAUAUUAAAAAGAAUGAUUGAUUGCUAAGUUCUACAAAUAUAAUACUGUGAUGCCAUCAAACCGUCCAUUUUUUCUUUUAGAAAAUCUUUAGUGAGAAAUAACAUUGUUCAUUAAAAUGUAUGUUAUUUUUACA